GAGAGAGAUUGAAUUCACAAUAAAUGCUGGCAUGGCGAAGCCCAAAAAGUCUAAAAAUGAAGAGCAGAAACCUGAUAAUUCCGAGGCAGUGGUCAAGCACCAGAAGCUUUGUUUAUCAAUCGAUAUGGAAAAGCGUCGAAUCUACGGUUACACUGAGCUUGAAAUAAUCGUACCGGAGAAUGGGAUAGUGGGUUUGCAUGCAGAUAAUCUGGCAAUCGAGAGUGUAACAGUUGAUGGAGAGCCAGCUCAUUUUGAAGUUUUCCCUCAUUAUCUAAAUCUGGAUAAUGGAGAUAGAUGGUGCUCUGUCUCAACAGCUACUUCAGCUGCUGAUGCAGCAGGAUCUGUUUAUCUAUCGUCUCUUGAAAGAGAGCUGGUUCCUAAUUUGCUGAUAAUGUGUAGUAAGUCUGCCAAGCCAGAUGGGGAACGACAAGGACAAAUAGAGCUUGACAAUGAAUCACAACCAUCAGCUGAGAGCACUCAGAAUUUAAAGAUGGUUCGGAUUGAGUAUUGGGUGGAGAAAGCAGAAACAGGAAUUCACUUUGACCAUAAUGUUCUGCACACUGAUAACCAAAUCAGGCGUGCCCGUUGCUGGUUCCCAUGCAUGGAUGACAAUUUGCAGCAUUGCAGCUAUGAUCUGGAAUUUACGGUGGCUUGCAACUUUGUGGCGGUCAGCUCAGGAACUUUACUCUAUCAGGUCUUGAGCAAGGAGGAUCCCCCACGGAAAACAUACGUCUACAAACUAAAUAUUCCUGUUGCUGCUAGAUGGAUAUCCUUGGCAGUUGCACCUUUUGAAAUUGUUCCUGAUCGCCACAAUGCAUUGCUGUCACAUAUCUGUCUACCUACUAACUUGUCAAAGUUGCAGAACACUCUGGGAUUUUUCCACAGUGCUUUCAGCUACUAUGAGGAAUACCUCUCUGCCUCGUUUCCAUUUGGGUGCUAUGCACAAGUUUUUAUUGCUCCUGAGAUGGCAAUAUCCUCUUUGAGUCUGGGAGCCUCUAUUAGCAUCUUUAGUUCUCAAUUGCUGUUUGAUGAGAAAGUCAUUGAUCAGACGAUUGAAACCAGGAUUAAACUAGCUUAUGCUCUUGCAAGACAGUGGUUUGGUGUAUAUAUCACCCCUGAAGCACCAACUGAUGAUUGGUUGCUGGAUGGUCUUGCUGGGUUUCUGACUGAUUCAUUCGUUAAGCGUUUCCUGGGAAAUAAUGAAGCACGUUAUAGGCGAUAUAAGGCCAAUUGUGGUGUCUGUGGGGCGGAUGAUAGUGGUGCAACUGCCUUAUGCUCAUCGGCUUCUUCAAAAGAUCUGUAUGGAACUCAGUGCUUUGGUUUCUAUGGAAAAAUAAGAUCAUGGAAGUCUGUUGCGGUCCUUCAAAUGUUGGAAAAGCAAAUGGGUCCUGAGUCGUUCCGAAAAAUUCUUCAAGUAAUAGUUGUCCGUGCUCAAGAUACAAGUCGUCCUUUGAGAACUCUCAGCACUAAGGAGUUUCGACACUUUGCAAACAAAGUUGGUAAUCUUGAGCGUCCUUUUCUUAAGGAGUUUUUUCCUCGUUGGGUUGGAUCUUGUGGCUGUCCAGUGCUUAAGAUGGGAUUCUCAUAUAACAAAAGGAAGAAUAUGAUUGAAUUGGCUGUACUGAGGGGGUGUACAGCUAGGCCAGAUCCAACUGCAGCGCUUUCUAAUGCAAAUCCUGAUUCUGAAAAAAGAGAGGGUGAUGUUGGAUGGCCUGGCAUGAUGAGCAUACGAGUCCAUGAGCUUGAUGGCAUGUAUGACCAUCCGAUUCUACCAAUGGCUGGAGAUUCCUGGCAGCUGCUUGAGAUACAGUGUCACUCAAAACUUGCCGCUAAACGCUUUCAAAAACCUAGAAAGGGUUUGAAACCAGAUGGUUCUGAUGAUAAUGGUGACUCUGUGCCAGCUUUAGAUAUACGUUCAAAUUCAGAUUCACCCCUUUUGUGGCUGAGGGCUGAUCCAGAAAUGGAAUAUCUCGCUGAGAUUCACUUUAAUCAACCUGUACAAAUGUGGGUAAAUCAACUGGAGAAGGACAAAGAUGUUGUUGCACAGGCACAAGCAAUAGCUAUGUUGGAGGCAUUGCCACAACAGUCCUUCUCUAUUAUCAAUGCUUUGAAUAAUUUUCUUACUGACACAAAGGCUUUCUGGAGAAUCCGGAUUGAGGCGGCAUUCGCAUUGGCUAUUACUGCUUCUGAGGAAACGGAUUGGGCUGGCUUACUCCAUCUGAUUAAAUUUUAUAAAAGCAGGAGAUUCGACCCUGAUAUUGGACUCCCCAAGCCAAAUGAUUUUCAUGAUUUUCAGGAGUACUUUGUACUUGAGGUUAUUCCAUUAGCAAUAGCUACGGUCAGGACAGCAGAUAAGAAAAGUCCCAGAGAAGCUGUGGAAUUCAUUUUGCAGCUUUUGAAGUACAACGACAACAAUGGGAAUUUCUACUCUGAUGUCUUUUGGCUUGCUGCAUUGGUUCAGUCCAUUGGCGAACUUGAAUUUGGGCAACAGACUAUAAUCUACUUGUCCUCCCUUCUCAAGCGCCUCGACCGACUUUUGCACUUCGACAGGCUAAUGCCAAGCUACAAUGGAAUUUUGACUAUCAGUUGUAUUCGAUCAUUGACUCAAAUUGCAAUCAAGCUUUCAGAAUUUGUUCCUCUUGAUCGCGUAAUUGAACUAAUUCAGCCAUUCCGUACUUUUAAGGCUGUAUGGCAAGUUCGUGUUGAAGCAGGUAGAGCACUCCUUGAUCUUGAGUUUCAGUCUGCUGGCAUUGAUGCAGCAUUGACGUUGUUCAUAAAAUAUUUGAAUGAAGAAUCAUCUUUAAGAGGACAAGUAAAGCUAGGUGUGCAUGCUUUGCGAUUAUGCCAGAUGAGAACUGGAUCUGAUCCUGACAAUGAUGUAAAGAGUGAUACUCUUGUGGCUUUGCUUCGCUUGCUUGAGAGCCCCAUGUCAUUCAACAAUAUUACCCUUCGUCAUCACCUUUUCUGCAUUUUGCAAGUCUUAGCUCGAAGGGCACCUACCCUUUUUGGGGCACCAAGGGAUGAGACGCUGAGAAUGGGGCAUGCAGAAACUUGCAGUGAACUUAAGAACAUUUUUGCUGCUCUUGUCAAACAGUCUAAGCCUCCAGAACCCUCUCUGGAGGCUCUUGACCUUGAACGUGAUGGUGAUGGUUCAGUAUUUCCUGAGGCUUCUCAGGCGCGCGAUGUUCUCUCCAAUGGUCAUGAUUUGACAAAGGCUAUUGAUAUUGCUGAACCUGAUGGUCUGCUGGCUCCUGAAGCUAAUAGAGAAGCAGAUACUCAUCUUGGAAACAAUGAGCAGCGGAAUCGAGUGGCUGAACUUGGAGAAAGUGAUAUUUUCCUGCCAGAACCUGCAAAAGAACUACAGGCUCUCUCUGGAAGUGAUGAGCAAUCAAAGCCAGUGAUUGACCAAGCAAAUGAGAACAUGGUCAUUGCCAAGGCCGUUGACCCACCACAUGGGAACAUGGUCAUUGCCGAGGCCAUUGACCAACCGCGUGAGAACAUCGUCAUGACUGAGGCUGCUAAAGGAGCAGAAACACCAUCAAACAGUCGUGAACAAAUGAAGCCAGUUGCUGAACUUUUGCACGAUAAUUUAGUUGUUGCUGAAGUUUCCAAAGAGAAUGAUACUGUUUCCAAUGGUCUUGAGCGGAAGAAGCCAGUGUUCCGGUUUAAGGUCAAACAUUCUGCUGCUUCAAGCCGGGCAGAGGAUCCUGAUAAUGCAAUUCUUGAAAAGUCUCAAGAUGGGCAUGCUGAUGCUGAUAGAGGUGCAAGCAGUUCUGUCUCUGUUGACGCACCUCAAAAAAUUGUUGCUGAGACAUUUAGCACAGGCAAUCAGAACCUUGAGGAUGUGAAUUCGAGCCAUGAUGUGGGGUCUCGGGUAACUGCUAGCAUAGGCAGUGCCAAACUUGCAGCUGAUGAUGUGAAGGAACUGCAGUGCACAGCUGAUUCAAGCAAAGUUUAUCUGGUAUCACCGCCAGGUGAUCACAUAUCUACGAGCAUUGUGAAAGAUGAUCAUUUAGAGAUGAUGAGUAACAAAUAUGCAAGUUUAAAAUCUCUGACUGUGAAUGGACCCGGUCCCGAGACCAGUUCUUUGGUCAAAGAGAGGGACAAGAAAAAAGAUAAGAAGCAACAUAAAGAAAAGAAGCGGAAACGGGAUGAGCACAAAGGUCACCGAAAUGACCCAGAAUACUUGGAGCGGAAGCGUCUAAAGAAGGAGAAGAAGCGGAAGGAAAAGGAGUUGUCAAAGCUCAUGAGUGAUGAGGCGAAGGCAUCCUCGUCAGUUGAAUUGCAGAGGAAGAAAGGGAUUCCAACAGGGAUUAGUAGGGAUGAGCAAGCGAGUCAAGUGGAGCACGAGAGAAGUAAUUAUGAUAGUGAAACUAGGUCAGCUGCAACUGGUGGGGAGGGAAAGGCACCUCCGGUGGGUUCGUAUAGGAAGAAGGACGAUUCCGGAUCUGGGGCAAGCAUGCAACCGAACCCACCAGGUGAGACGAGUGGAGCAAAGGUGGUAAUAAAGCCAUUGGAUAGUAGUGUAAAUGCAACCCAAAGUAGUUCUUCGCAUAGACUAAAAAUUAAAAUAAAGAAACGGACGCUUGAAAAACCAUCAUGAAUGUAAUCUAGUGUGAAAAUGAAAAAGCUAUUUUUUGUACUUUUUCUUCCUCCCGUGUAGUAUGGGAGCAGGGCCCUGAUUACAUGAAGCCCCCACCUGGCUUAUAUAUUCUAUUCUCAUCCCGUGAUUAUUGACGAUUGUAACUUCGCUUUCCAUGCAACAUCUUAAUUGCUUGGGAAACUAUAUGUAAUUAUUGGUCAGUGUCUAUUCAAUGCUAGAUAAGUUUUGCGGGGGCUAGGGCCGCAAGAUGGCGCAUUAAUUCUUCA